UUAUAGCUCAAUUUAGUUUAUAUGUACUUAACAACAAAAUUAACUAUUAACCUAUGUACGUAGUAUCCAUAAUUACAAGUGAUGUAAUAAAAAUAAUAUAAGCUUAAAAAUAUUAAUUUCUAUGGCUUUGUUAUGAAAAAAAACAUGUACAAAAUGCGGCCUGCGAGCCAUAUCUGUCCUACAGCUUCAUUUUAUCUAACCCACAAGAACUUUGUUUAUUUAUAAGAAAUCUUCAAAUAUUGAACUAGUUUUGUACUAAACUCGAAGAUUAUUUUGAUAUCGCACAACUUUGAAACUAUGUCGUUGUGUUGGUUGCAUAAAAGAAAUAUAAAACUUUGAUGCUGAGUUCUCCGAAUAGUAUUUACUUUAAUUAAUUAAUGGUUUCGAGGGCAAAAAAAUAAAUCAAUAGGCGUAAAACAAAUGACUUGUUGCCGCGCCUCCUGGUUGCCAAGGGAUACUAAGUGGAACGUGGUCAGGAAGGGCAUCGGAUAGUCAGUAGCGCGAAAUGAUCCGCGAUGGGCAACAAACUAGUCACCUUUAGCGAGCAACAGCUCGAAAAUUAUCAAGACUGCACAUUCUUCACAAGGAAAGAGAUAUUAAGGGUACACAAGCGGUUCAGGGAGGUGCGGUCUGACCUAGUUCCAAAGAAUAUGAUCGAAGAUCAGCCAGUCACUAUUAGGAUUCCCUUGGAGAGCAUGGAGAAGUUGCCCGAGCUGAAGGAGAAUCCAUUCCGAAGUCGUAUCUGCGAGGUGUUCUCGCGCGAUGGUAAAGGUAACCUUUCGUUCGAGGACUUCCUAGAUCUUCUUUCGGUCUUCAGCGAACAAGCGCCGAGGGAUAUCAAAGUCUUCUACGCGUUCCGAAUAUAUGAUUUCGAUGGUGAUCAGCAUAUAGGAUCAGAAGAUUUGGAUCAGGCGAUUAGGUUGCUUACCUAUGGCGAGUUAUCACCAGAAGAUAUGCAGCAGAUAACUGAAAAGGUUAUUGAAGAGGCUGAUGUCGAUGGUGAUGGGAAGCUCUCUUACAUGGAAUUUGAGCACGUUAUUACACGAGCGCCCGACUUUCUCUCUACUUUCCACAUACGCAUUUAAGAGAGAAACAAAAGUGUUAUGUACCUUUUACUACAACUUACUAAUUUAUUUAUCACAAUUACAUAGCGAUAUCACGCUAGCUUACACAACGAAUUAUGUGAC